AUGAAGGUAUUUAGAGAGGUCGAAUGUGCGGUCUCAGCUCAUCUUAUGCAUAAGCAUCUCCUCAGGCACACUUCUCCUCAAACCACUGUGCUAUUCCCGGGGUUUCUGUACUGUUUUACCAGAUAACAAAUGGAGAGACCGUUGCUGAGCGAUGGGAAGCCACACUACAGCACGUUCCGACCAAAUACUGACAUACCAGAAGGACAAGACGAAGUUGUUGACAUCCGAACACGAGAAAACAGAGUUGAACAAAGCAACAGGAAGCUAUUCCUAGCAGUAUUUGCAGCUGUUCUUGGAAACUUCAGUUUUGGAUAUGCUAUGGUAUAUACAUCCCCAGUUAUUCCAGUUUUGGAGUCACCAGAUUCUAGCUUCUGCAUUACAGAGGAUGAAGCAUCAUGGUUUGGGUCUGUGUUUACCCUGGGUACUGCAGCUGGAGGCCUUUUUGGAAUGAUCUUCAAUGACAAAGUUGGACGGAAGCUAAGCAUCAUGCUUUCUGCAGUGCCAUCUGGAAUCGGUUAUUUUAUUAUGGGCAGUGCCCAGAAUGUGGCAAUGCUGUAUGGUGGAAGAAUCUUAACGGGAAUCGCCGGUGGACUAACAGCUGCAUCAAUCCCAGUAUAUGUGUCUGAGAUUUCCCACCCUGAGGUACGAGGAGCUUUAGGAGCCUGCCCACAGAUGAUGGCUGUCAUUGGAUCUUUAAUCCUUUAUGUAUUAGGUAUUCUGCUUCCUUGGCGGUGGCUAGCAGUAGUUGGAGAGGUACCCACUAUUGUAAUGGUUAUUCUGCUGUGUUUUAUGCCCGACUCUCCUCGCUUCCUAAUAUCAAAAGGUAAACGUGAUCAAGCACUGCAAGCACUGUGUUGGCUCAGAGGCGCAGAGGCUAAUUAUAAAAAGGAAUGUGAUAAGAUUGAAAAUAACCUACAGCAGCAGGGUGAAAGAAUGUCAUGUGCAGAUUUAAGGAAACCUUCCUUUUACAAACCAAUACUGAUUGCUGUGUCCAUGAGGUUUCUACAGCAGCUUACUGGAAUCACUCCAAUACUGGUUUACUUGGAAUCCAUAUUUGACAGGACAUCUGUGAUACUGCGUGGUGAAUACGAUGCUGCAAUUGUUGGUGCUGUCCGAUUUCUGUCUGUAUUAAUUGCUGCUGGAUUCAUGGAUAAAGCAGGAAGAAAAUGUCUACUUUUUGUGUCUGGUGCAGUUAUGUUUCUGGCCACUUUGACAUUAGGGGUGUAUAUCACUUUCACAAAGCCACAGUCUCAUUCUCAGAACUGGACUAUCUUAUUCAAUGAAUCUGUGAUGUCUACAGAACACUCUACAGCCCCUUAUACUUACAGUCCCCUCACUAUGAUUCCACUAAUCAGUGCUAUUUUUAUCAUCAUGGGUUAUGCGUUGGGCUGGGGACCUAUUACCUGGCUGCUGAUGUCAGAGAUCCUGCCACUGAGAGCUCGUGGUGUAGCAUCUGGUCUGUGUGUUCUUGUCAGUUGGCUUACUGCUUUUGUACUCACUGAAGUCUUUAUAAAAGUCGUGGAUCACUUCGGCCUUGAAGUGCCAUUCUACUUCUUCACCAUUAUCUGCCUUGUGAAUCUCUUAUUUACUGGAUUAUGUGUACCUGAAACAAAAGGAAAAUCUCUAGAGGAAAUCGAGGCACACUUCAGAAAUAAUGAGAUGGUAUCAUAUGCUUCAUUGCCAUCCUGAUUUCAGAAACAACAUAUGAAGAAAAACAGGAGAAACUUUAGCUGAAGCACUUUUAAAAGCAGCAGCACUAAUUACCUGAAACAUUGUUCACUGCUGAGAAAAAAUACCAGUGUACUAGUUUAUAACUAUAGAGGUUAAGUCCAGCUGUUUAUUAUUUUUUCCUUUCCUGCAGUUGACCAUAGGGGAAUACUAGUGCCCCUUCUCAUUUGCCAGGACUACCAACCCCUCCUGCUACUUACUCUAAUAAAGGUCAGGACCAGCAAUGAGUUCAGGACAUCCCAGCUCUGUGCUGCAUGCCAGGAAGUUUUUUGUUUAUUUUUACGACCUAGCCUCAUUUUCCCCUCCCCUGUUUACAUUUACCUUGGUAUGUCUGAGCACUUCUCCCCUCUGCGGACCAUGCCUCCCCACCGGGGAGCACCCUCCCAAGAUUAACUUACUCACCCCUCCUUUCCAGUGUCUCAGAUGCCAGAGCUGGUAAUUGAACCCAGUUUGCCCAGGCUGUAGUUAGGGCUUUAUCACUCUAUGCCACAGCACUGACUUCAGGUUCAGAGGUGUGUACUAGGCUAGUGACCGUGGAGCCUUUACAAGCCUAG